AAUCCUCGACUGGGCCCCAAGAAAUACCUAGAGUGCCCGAAGGGGGGGUUAAAGCUUCCAAGGGGAAGUCAGAGAAAAUACCCCCAUCUCUGUCACCGGGAUCCCUGCCCCCCAGCGGCCACGGAGCUCCCGGAGACGCGGAGACUCCCACAAGGAGAGUUUCCAGGAUCCUCUAGAGAUCGAAAGGUGCGGAAGGGAGGCGGGCGCCUUCCUGGAAAAGAAGUAGGUCGGGCUCAACUGAAAAGCAAGAAGGAGGAGAUUCCGGAACUAGAUGUGAAAGUCCUUUCUGCCUGGAGCUUUCCGGACCCAAUUAGAUGUUGGACCCGGUCUGGUUACCCUGGUAACAGGUGUCGCUGUUUGUCAAGGAACCGAGAGAGGAGACACAGGUGCUGACUUCACCCAAACAAGACCUGUUCUUCCUUCUCCAAAAGAAGAAAUGAAUCACUACACAGACCUUUUUCCCCUUAAGUCAUAUCUUUCCACAGACUUAAGAGGCCUAUUCACCUCAAUCAUGGAGUCUUCCUCAAAGGGUCUGCUCACCCAAGUUACUCAGUUCUGGAACCUCCUAGACGAUCUGGCUGAAAGCAACCCUGAGGGCUACGAGAAGUUUAUUCAACAGCAGCUGAAAGAAGGGGGACAGCUCUGUGCCGCCCCAGAACCAUGGCUCUGUCUACAAACCAGGAUCCUGAAACCAAAGGAAAAAAUACUUUUCAUCAACCUGUGUCAGUGGAAAAGGAUCCCAGCUCCCCAGUCAAACACUCAUCCAGUACCUCUAAGUAUUGGCAGACCAGAAGAUAGGUCUGAGACAUCAGAUGUUUAUACAGUCAUCGAUGUGGCCUACAAUCCUGAUGUUCUCCAGGCAGCAGAAAAGGACCAAGUGAAAAAAGAUCAAUUAAUACAGAUGGCCAUGAAAUGCAUUGAGGAAAAACUCCAAUUCACUCUCUCACACUCUUACAGCAUUACUAACUUUAGAAUAAAAGGAAGCAUUCAAAGGAUGAAACAAAAUCUGUUGAGAAUGCAAACUGACCCCACAGAUUUAAGAGAGAAAAUGAAAAAGGAACUAACCCUUGAACAGAUAAGUAGUACUGUGAGCAACCCAGAUGACUUCCAACUUUUAUUGCCAAAAGAUGAAGUUUCAAGCAAAACAAGGUGUCUGAUAGAGGAGAUUUCCAGUACAGAGAGCCAGGUAGAGAUGAAGGAACCAGCCUAUGAAUUAAAAAUUGUGGCUGAUCAGAAUGAGAAACCUCUGAAAAUUGAAAUAAAAGUUGAAUUACCUGGUAUUAAUUCCGCAUCUCUCUGUGACCUUAGUGUUUCUGAGGAUGACUUAUUGAUUGAGGUCCCUGAGAAGUACAGAUUAUAUCUGAAUCUUCCAGAAUCUGUGGAUACCGAAAUGACUACAGCAAAAUUUAUCAAAGAGAAAGCUACAUUAAUCAUCAUAAUGCCACUGGUAUAAGUCAAGAGCAUCAUCUGCUUUUGGGUUUUCAGUGCUACAGGCAUGUGAAGGAUAGGACCUUCAUUAUGGGUGAAGAGGUAGUGGUUUAUCUUCAAUACUGGUUUCAUGUUUCCUAAGAGUUCUUUUGGAUGAAAUGAGAUUUUCUCAUCAACAUGUUUAUACUUUUUUUCUUUUUUAACUCCCCUCACACUUGGCUAGAAGCAGAAACUAUUAAAACAGUAUUGCUAUACUUGUUUUGAAGCUAUUUCUAAUGGUCUUAAAAGUAACAAACUUGUCAUUUAGGAAAAUCCUGUUUCCAAGUAAAUUGUGAGAAUUCCUGGUUUACUGGUUGAAAUUCUGGUCUACUUGUUUUUCUGGUCUCUAGUAAAUGUUUGCAUCAGGAAGAAAUCCCAGACUAUGUAAAAUUUUUAUUACCAAGAACUGAAGCAGUUCCUCCAGCUAUAAAGAUACAGGGCCAAUGUAAAAAUAUGCAAACCUAUGCUUCUGUGAACCUCUGUACUUCUAUAAAAUAGCCCUGAUGGUAGGAGUGCAAGCUACUCAGACCUUUUAACAUCAAAAGGACUUGUCUUGGAUACAGUGAUGCAGUAACAGCUGGGUGUUACUGCACCUAAGACGCAAAAUAAUCUAACCUUAAGAAAAAGGAGCUGACUUCGGGACAUGUGCCUUUCUCCUAAGAAGAUAAUUUUAAGCGGCACCUAGGUGGCUCAGCCGGUUAAGCAUCCGACUGGAUUUCGGCUCAGGUCAUGAUCUCACGGUUCAGGAG